AUGGCGUUUCAACUUCCACCCGGCGUCGUACCCCACAUCAUCAGCGAUUCCGACAACGAGCCCGACAUGGCACCACCUCAACCUACGUUCAUCCCACGUCAUCGUAACAAAAAUCAAGAUCAUAACAAGUUCGACUUUGAUGCAUGGUUCACGGCGUACGACGCUGGUGGGAAAGCCAAGCGUAUGGAAAACGAGGCUCCAAGAACUGUCCGUAAAGAAUCGAAAGUUUCGGACGAUGAAGGUGUUUCAUUCGAAAUGGAAGACACAGAGAUGGAAGAUCAGGUCCUAGUAUCUGGAGUGGAUCUUCUACAGGAAGAGUGGCAGAUGCAAGAGCUGGCCAUGCUGAAUAUGCUUACGGAAGACGAUUGCUUGCAGCGGAUUCUGGAAAUCUUCCCGGACAUCGCACAUGACCACGUGCUUGAAUCCUACCGGGCCAAGUUUACCUAUGGGAUCGAAACCCCAGAGCUUUCUACUGUCACCGCAUGGCGCACCGAUUUCGUCAAUACAUUGAUCGAGUCUGGGAAGUAUCCGAAGGAGCGGGAACGGCGUCAAGAACUCAAGAGAAAACGGGAGGAUAGCAAUCGAGAUGAUGCUACGGAGUUCGAGAAGGAGAACCGGGAGGCCGCUGACCAGAGUUACCUCAAUGCUGCACAGCGACUCCUGCAAGACGAAUUUCCCCAAGUGCCCAUCAAAUUCAUCAGAGAAAAACUCCGAAAGCAUCAGUUUCUUAUUAAAGCAUACGCCGUCAUCGAAGCCGCCGAACGCAAUCUCGAUACCGGGCAGCAGCAACGCUCGUACCGCAAAGUUCGUGCACGAGCGCCACGACCGGCCCUUACCGAAAACUUAGCAACUAUGACGAAUGGUGCGCUUGCGCGGGAACUGGCAGCUGCUAGACGCCGACGGGAGCAACAAGAAGCGAAACGCCGAAAAGACGCCGAGAAAGCUCACGCCGAGCGCAAGAACGAAGAACAUGCCCGUCGUAACGAAGCCAUGAGCGAAUGUGGCUGCUGCUUUACAGAGUACCCUACAAACAGGAUGAUCUACUGCAACGGCGACACAAUCCACUUUUUCUGCCAGGAUUGCGCCGCCAACUACGUCAAGGCAGAAGUGGGACAAUCGAAAUGCAGACCAAAAUGCAUGGACACAAGCGGCUGCGGAGCUGAUUUCAGCAGAGGGCAGCUAAUGUCCUUCCUCGACCGCAAGACGUUCGAUAAGCUCGAGAACCUCCAGCAACAAGAAGACAUACGUAACGCUGGCCUGAAAGACCUCGCCGAGUGUCCGUUUUGCGACUUCAAAGCGAUAUUGCCCCCUGUCCACGUCGACCGCGAGUUCCGCUGCCACAACACCGAGUGCGAGAAGAUCAGCUGCCGCCUUUGCAAGCUCGAGACACACAUCCCGCUUACCUGCGAGCAAAACGCCAAAGAGAGGAAAGGCAGCGUGCGGCACGCUGUGGAGGAGGCCAUGUCGGAGGCGCUAAUCAGGAGCUGCAACCGGUGCAAGAACAAGUUCGUCAAGGAUUGGGGAUGCAACAAGAUGUCGUGUACCAGCUGCGGCAACAGACAAUGCUACGUCUGCUCCCAGAACGUCCACGACUACCAACAUUUCGGCGCCGGUCGAUGUCCGCUUUACGACGACACCGAUGCAAGGCACGACGAUGAGGUGAAGGCCGCCGAAGCUGAGGCGUUGAAGAAAGUCCGCGUCGAGAACCCCGAUAUGACCGAAGACGAGCUCAAAGUCAAGGUCUCCGAUGCCGUAAAAGCGCAAGAACGGCAAGCACGAGAAAGGCGUCGCCAGCAGAACCCGGACGCCGAUAUUCUUGCACGAGCGCAUGGAGGCGGACACAUGAUGGGCCACGGUAUGGCCUUCGCAAACCCGCAAGGUGUACCUCAUGUGCUUCACCCGCAGGUGGUUCCCCCACCAUUCAUUCCAGAAGCCUUUGGCCCCGCUCUCUACGGCGUGCCUCAGCUAUUCCAAGUCCCACAUUGGGUGGGAGGUGGUGCACCACAUGGGCCUAUGCCUAUGAUGGGGCCUCAACAGGCUGCGGCGCACUUUUAUGGUGUGGCGCCCCAGCCCUUUGAGAAUUACCCCCACCUGCACAACUGGGCGAACUUCAUGCAACAAGAUAUGGCUCAUCGGCACCGGUAG